CCUCCAGCCUGUUGCUGAUGCUGCAGCGCGGUGUUCGUCAUGGAGCUAGCGCCGCGGUUGUUUCUUGUGCCCGUGCUUCUGCUGCUGCUUCUGGGCUUCAGGACCGGAGCCAUUUGCGACCUGCCCCCAGAUGAGGGCAAAGAAGUAUGGGAUUAUGUGACUGUCCGGAAGGAUGCCCACAUGUUCUGGUGGCUCUAUUAUACCACCAGCCCCUGCAAGAACUACUCAGAACUGCCCCUGGUUAUGUGGCUUCAGGGGGGUCCAGGCGGAUCCAGCACUGGAUUUGGAAACUUUGAGGAAAUCGGGCCCCUUGACAGUGAUCUCAAACCACGAAGAACUACCUGGCUCCAGUCUGCCAGCCUGCUGUUCGUGGACAACCCCGUGGGCACUGGGUUCAGUUAUGUGGAGGACGAUGGCGCGUAUGCCAAAAACCUUGCCACAGUGGCGUCCGACAUGAUGGCCCUCCUGGAGUCCUUCUUCAAUUGCCGCCAGGAGUUUCAGACGGUUCCAUUCUACAUUUUCUCAGAGUCCUAUGGAGGAAAAAUGGCUGCUGGCAUCGCUCUAGAACUUCAUAAGGCUAUUCAGCAAGGGACAAUCAAGUGCAACUUCUCUGGUGUUGCUUUGGGUGACUCCUGGAUCUCCCCAAUCGAUGCGGUGCUCUCUUGGGGACCUUACCUGUACAGCAUGUCUCUUCUCGAUGACCAAGGUCUGGCAGAAGUGUCUGAGGUUGCAGAGCAGGUCUUGGAUGCCAUAGAUAAGGGGCACUACAAAGAGGCCACCCAGCUGUGGGGAAAAGCAGAAAUUGUCGUCGAACAGAACACAGAUGGGGUGAACUUCUAUAACAUCUUAACUAAAAACUCUCCCAUGUCUGCAAUGAAGUCAAGCCUAGAAUUUACCCAGAGCCACCUAGUUCACCUUUACCAACGCCACGUGAGACACCUCAAUCGGGACGACUUGUAUCAGCUCAUGAAUGGCCCCAUCAGAACGAAGCUCAAAAUUAUUCCAAAGAAUUGCUCCUGGGGAGGCCAGGCUGACAGCGUCUUCCUGAACAUGGAGGAGGACUUCAUGAAGCCUGCCAUCAGCAUCGUGGACGAGUUGCUGGACGCCGGGAUCAACGUGACCGUGUAUAACGGACAGCUCGAUCUGAUCGUGGACACCAUGGGUCAGGAGGCCUGGGUGCGGAAACUCAAGUGGGCAGAGCUGCCCAAAUUCAGUCAGCUAAAGUGGAAGCCCCUGUACUUAGACCCUGUAUCUUCUGAAACGUCUGCUUUUGUCAAGAGCUACAAGAACCUGGCUUUCUACUGGAUUCUCAAAGCUGGACACAUGGUUCCUUCUGACCAAGGGGACAUGGCUCUGAAGAUGAUGAAGCUGGUGACUGGGCAAGAAUAGGAUGCACUGGGCUGGAGGCGAGCUGCUUGGCCUGGGGGCGCGGAAGCUGAAGGGAGCGCCGCAGAGCUGCGGGGAAGCCUGAUCCCCCCCGCCCGCAAAUCUGACUUGGGCUGUGGUUGCGAAGGCUCCUGCCAGCUUCCGCCGAGAACAAGCUCACCGCCUCUGUGGCAACCGAGAAAGCAUUUCUGCUUCUGCAAAAGCCUGAGAUUUUUUUUAAUGGAUUUGUUUUCAUCAAAAUGAAGGUGUUGAAUUAUAUAACUUUUAUUAUAAAAGCAACUUAUGUGUUUUAUAUUAAAAAGGGUGGGGGGAGGGAUGGAGGCAAACAAAGAACAAAAUAAUUACCUAUAUACUCCCUUCCCUAGGAUACACACUUACUAACACUGUAGUGUAUAUCUUUGGGAGUGUUGUUUUUGCUAUAAAUACAUUUUUUUUGCAAAAAUUUAAUCAUUAUUUUACUGUCUACUUUGUUCACACAUCAGAAUGUCAUCAACACCUUUCCAUGUCAAUAAAUGUCCUUGUAUAACAUUUUUAAUGGCUGCUGAGAAUUCCAUUUCAUUGAUGUACCAUGAUUUAUGUACCAAAUGCCCAACUGUUCCCCAUAAGCAAUUUUUAGUUUGUUACAAACAGUCCUCUGGUAAUUCACCUUGAUCGUUAUAUUUUUAUGCACAUCCUCAUUAUUUUCUUAAAAUAAAUUCCUAAAUGCAUAAUUGUU